CCACUGAACUUCUUGAGGGUUAAUACCGUCAUUGUGAUGCUGCAGCAAAAAAACAGUGGAGGUGCAGCUGCGUCAAUCUGCAGCAGCACUUUAAAAGGGAGGCAUGGAGGAGGUCGACCUCCAGAACAUCAACUCUCAACAUCUACUUCAAAUAACUAGUCACUACACCUUCACAUUAAUCAAAGAAACAAGAUGGGUCUCAUUAGCGCCUUGAAAAACGCUGGCCACUCCCACUCCAACAAUGAAAAGUCUUCCAAUGUGGAUUCCGACAGUACUGUAAACCAAUCUUCCGCACCCCAAUCGACCACAACUACCGACACAUCUUCGGCUAACCCAACCGCCGGUGCCUCCGAGUACUGCCACACUCAAAACGCCCCCGUAACUCGCGAAAAUGUUCGUGAACACCACGCUACAGAAGUGACACCCAUUGUCUCUCGCGAACGCGACGAAACCAUCGUCCAACAAUCCGUCCAACCCAUCCACGACCACGUUCAAGCCGAGACUCAGCAUCACUACGCUCAGAACGCCGGUAUCGCCCGUGAAUCCAGCGAGGAGCUGAAUGCGGAGGACGCAAGGCGGUACCAGAAAAACAGAGAGUUAGUUACUGGGGGACGUACGGUGGAACAAGAGAAUGAGGGCGUCAGAGUCACUGCCCCGAUCGUAAAGGAAAAGGUCAAUAAGCACGUUAUUGAGGAAGUUCAGCCCGUUAUUGAGAGGACCAUUGACCAGACGCACGUUGUGCACACUGCACAGCCCAUCUAUGAACAUCAGACAGCCGCUCCCAAGGUCGCGGAUGUACGCUACAAUAACCCCAUUUCGAUGGAAGAGUUUGAAAAGCGAGGUGGCUCAAUGAGUGGGACUGGGUUGAGCUGCGAAAGGCGUUAAGAAACGCAAACUGUAGCUACCUCUGCUACCAUACCUUAUUUGAUAAUAUAUUGCUGUCAACAUACCGACAGUUUUGGUGUCAUAUAUGUGUGCACAAAUAAUAAAUUCAAUGUGAAAUUACAGAAA